GAUUGACCUGAAGUUAAGGUGGGGGUGUUAAGGCAUAAAAGGCAGCCCCACUGGGACUGUAGCCACACCCUCCCCAGCCCUCCAGCCAUGCCCGUGCUUGUGCUGUGCUUGCUGUGCGCCCUGGCAACGACGGCCCAGCCGGCACUGGUGGGUUUCACGAGUGGCCCAGAGCCAGCGCAGCAGGAGGAGCUGACCCUACUCUUCCACGGGGCCCUGCAGCUGAGCCAGGCUCUCAACGGGGUGUACAAGGCCACGGAGGCACAGCUGACAAAGGCCGGGGACAGCCUGAGCCUCUAUGGCCAGGUGCUGGGGCUCCUGGGGAAGGAGGUCAGCCAGGGCCAGGAUGCAGCCCAAGAGCUACGUGCGAGUCUAUUGGAGAUGCAGAUAGAAGAGGAUGGUCUCAAGCUGCAGGCAGAGGCCACAGCCCAGGCACUGGGGGAGGUGGCCCGGGGACAGCAGGUGCUGCGGGAGAAAAUGAAGCGGCUAGAAGCUCAACUGAAGGGCGUGUGGCUGGGCCAUGCCCGCCAAGAAUUCGAGGCCUUAAAGGCCCAUGCAGAUGAGCAGAACCACAUCGUGUGGGUCCUCACGGGUCAUGUGCAGCGACAGAAGCAGGAGAUGAUGGCACAGCAGCAGCGGCUGAGACAGAUUCAGGAGAGACUCCACAUGGCUGCGCUCCCAGCCUGAGCCUGAGCCUGGGCAGAACUGAGGACCAGUCAUGCACCGAGGGACACAGCCCUGCCCCAUGCGGCCCCCACACAGGGAGGAGCUGCCCAUCUGCUGAGGUCAGCCAGGGCGCUGGGCCCUGCUUCCAGUCAUGGAGCAGAGAGGGAAGCAGGCGGGGACGCAGGCAGAGAACAUGGAUGGUCGAGGAGGGGUGGAGGAAGGAUAUGCCCCUUCAUGCCUAUACAUUCCCUAUUAAAGCAGAACAGUGGCAUCUCA